AAAAAAUAGAAUGAUAAGAAAAGUAAAUAAAUUAUUUUAUUAAUAAAUAAUAUAAAAAAUUAUGUCAGCAUGCACAUGCAAAACUUCAAGUAUCAAUUAUGAAAGAUAGGUAAUGAAAAGUAUAUUGUGUAUGGUAUGUAAAGGAAAAGAUUAACUAAUUAUAUAUAUAAUUAUAUAAAUCCUAAAAAGCAAAAUAAAACAAGACUCUUUAAGAUUAUCUGCUAUUAUUUUAUUGAUUUUCUUUUUGUUCGUUUAUAGUUUCAGCUUGUCAUAUAUCGUAGAUGAAUGGGUAAUGUUUUGCUUUUUCAAUUCCUUUUUACGAGAAAAAGAAACACAAAAAAGAAAGUGUUUUUUGGCUUAAAAAGAAAUUUGUAAUUAUCGAAUUCUUUGUUAAGGAUUUCUUAGACGUGAACAUCACUAACUUUAAUUUCAUUUUCCGUUUACACAUGCGAGUUUCUUCAUUGACGUGGAGAAGAAAGUUGCAGUUGUUUUUAGUAAAGACAAAGAAGGUUUGAUGGAUCAUACUCGGAACGUAGCUUACAUCGUUCGAGUGGAUGGAUCCUUGAUAGAAGUGCACGUCAAGAGUUCUCUAUACAAAUAUUGCUAUCCUCGUGUUUGCUCAUAUGUCCCAAGUUCAGUUCAACUUAAUUAGUCAAUUUAGUAUAGCACCUAUAAUUAUUUUUGUUGGCUUGUCACUGUCAUGUUCUUUGAACAAAGAUUAUGUGGUUAAUUAUAUGUGUAUUAAUUUGUUUCUCGUCCAUUUCUCUGCUGGUCAUAUAUUGACUUCACUGGAUUGCUUAAUUUCAUUGUUCUGUUUUAGUGGAUUCAUUGCAAACGUUUCUGUUUAUUAUUUCAUUUGUUAUUUUAUGUUCAAGCAGAUAUGCAAUUAGGCAUAUCGAGGCCCUAAACUAACGAUGGCUCAACGCCUAAAAAGACUAAUCCGGUACCUAGAAUGUUUUCUAUAUGGCUUAAACAUUUACAAAUUAUAAAAUAUACUGUAUAUAUAUGUAGUUACUAUGUUUAUUAUCAUAAUUUAUAUAGAAAAAAAAUGAAAAAUAUAACUAAAAAGCAUAACUGAUUGACUAAAAAUAAAAUUUCAACAUUUUAUAAUUGUAACACAGAAACUUUAUCAUUGAGUCAUUCUAUAAAAACUAUUCAGUUACUCUAUUAUUCUGCUAUUCAUUUAAUGUAUCAAUCACAUUGGAAGUAUAGACAAAAGAUUGCAACGAGCCACCAAGACACUCGGAAAAUCAAGUUGUUUGAGAUAGAUAUUGGUUUUUUCAUGUGGAUGGUUCAUUUAAUAUUAUACUAUUAUUUAUAUUAAUAAUUUUUGAAAAUCCUUUUCAUGCCAGAGGUGCUACGUUACAAGAAAGAGAUAUAAUAAAAUAUCAGUAAACCACCAGUCAAGACAUCCUUUUUUUUAGGAACCAGUCAAGACAUCCAUUUAUAAAAAUGGUGAUAUUUGCUUUUAGACUUGAAACCGCAAACUCACAAAAGAAAAUGAAUGAGAAGGAGCUUCCCCCGCACUUGAGGGAAGACAACUUAAGCGAAGAAACCAAGACUCUAAUCUCUUCACUUCCUUGGAACAAAGAUUUUAUAGGGAAUCUCUACAAAUACAAAGGAUGUUGGUACUACCCCAACACUCUCCAAGGAGUCCUGAAUUUCGAGAAAGGCUUCAAGCCUCAAGAAACCGAUAUAAUCCUCGCUUCUUUCCCUAAAUCCGGCACCACUUGGCUCAAAGCUCUCACCAUCGCACUCUUUGAGAGGUUGAAGAACAGUAAUUCUUCUUCUGAUGAUGAUCUUCACCCUCUUCAGUCAGAUAAUCCUCAUGGCAUAGUACCCUUCUUCGAGUUCAAUCUGUAUCUCAAAAGUUCAACACCUGACCUGACCAAGUUCUCAUCUCCGAGGGUGUUCUCGACUCACAUGCCAUUCCACACGCUUCGGUUAACCCUCAAGGACUCUCCAUGCAAGAUCGUGUACGUGUGCCGGAACGUGAAGGACGUUUUUGUAUCGCUAUGGUAUUUCAGGUGCGCUCAUCUUGAAAAAGAAGUAGACAUGAAAUCUUUGUUUAAGUCAUUAUGCGAAGGUGUUGGCUCUUUUGGACCGUUUUGGGAACAUGUAUUGAGCUAUUGGAGAGGUAGCUUGGAAGAUCCUAAGAAGGUUCUCUUCAUGAGGUACGAGGAAAUGAAGUCAGAGCCAUCUGCUCAGGUUAAGAGACUUGCGGAGUUUUUGGGUUGUCCAUUCACUGAGGAAGAAGAAGAAGACGGUUCUGUGGACAAGAUCGUGGAGCUUUGUUCUCUGCGUAAUCUGAGCGGUAUGGAGGUCAAUAAUUCAGGAAAAACUUUCAACACUGUGCCUUACUUUACUUUUUUCCGCAAAGGAGAAGUCGGUGACUUCAAGAACCAUCUGACUCCUGAGAUGGAAAACAAGAUUGACAUGAUCAUCGAGGAAAAAUACAAAGGCUCCGGUUUGAAAUUUUGAGUGUUGUGUUGUUUGUGCUUUCCUUUAAUGGAUUCUCAUGAUUGAUGGGUGAUUUGUGCUUUCCUUUAAUGCCAUAUGAACUAAUGAUAACAGGAAAUUCAUUACCGACUGA